UAUUCAGAGUCAUUUGUGCGCAAUCAGCUGUGUCAGGCUGCUGGGGUUCAACAGUACCGGCUGUAAAAGUGCGGCUUCCCGUUCCCGUAUCAACCCGAACAAGCGCCGGUUCCUCUGCAUGCCCCGCAGCCGGAGAAGAGAGCGCCGCGGGACUCGGACUACACUCGAUGGGGGCGUGGAGGAAACGUGUCGGUACCUGCGGGCAGAGGGUCUGCAGGAGUGGGAGAACACGUUCAGAGAACAAAAAAUAACUGGUGUGGGCCUGAGGUACCUCGAUGACGCGCGUCUGCAGGGGAUUGGAGUAAAGCUCCUCGGUGACCGUCUGCGGAUCCUGCACAGUACCAGGAAGCUGUGGCAGAUAGCGGCAGAGCCAGGCAAGGUCUUUAAUGAUCCGAUCCACGGGCAUGUGGUGUUGCACCCACUUCUCAUCAGAAUCAUUGACACACCUCAAUUCCAGAGACUGCGAAACAUCAAGCAGCUGGGAGGGGUCUACUUUGUCUUCCCCGGAGCGUCCCACAACCGCUUUGAACACAGCAUCGGGGUUGGUCACUUGGCAGGACAACUUGUAAAGGCUCUAAAUGACAGGCAGCCAGAACUCCUCAUCUCUCCCAGAGACAUCCUCUGCGUGCAGAUCGCUGGGCUCUGCCAUGACCUGGGACAUGGGCCAUUUUCCCAUAUGUUUGAUCAGAGGUUCAUUCCCCAAGCACGUCCUGGUCUAAACUGGAAGCAUGAGCAGGCCUCUUUGGACAUGUUUGAUUACCUGGUUGAGCACAACAAGUUGAAGGAGGAGAUGGUGGAGCAGCACGGCCUGAAGCUGCCUGAGGACCUGGAUUUCAUCAAGGAGCAGAUUGCUGGACCAUUGGACACUAAUGGAGCUGAAGCUGAGGGGUGGCGUUACAAAGGCCGCCAAGGGGCCAAGUCCUUUCUCUAUGAGAUUGUUGCCAACAAAAGAAAUGGCAUUGAUGUGGAUAAGUGGGACUACUUUGCGAGGGACUGCUACCACCUGGGCAUCAAGAACAACUUUGAUUAUCAGCGCUGCCUUAUGUUCGCCAGGGUGUGUGAGGUGGACGGGCAGAAGCAAAUCUGUACCAGAGACAAAGAGGUGGGCAAUCUGUAUGACAUGUUCCACACAAGGAACUGCCUCCACACAAGAGCCUACCAGCACAGUGUUUGUAACAUCAUAGAGAUCAUGAUCACUGAGGCUUUUCUAAAAGCAGAUCCACACAUCAAGAUUAAAGGCUCAGGAGGGAAGAUGUUCACUCUCUCCACGGCCAUAGACGACAUGGAGGCCUACACCAAACUGACAGAUCAUGUGUUUGAACAAAUACUCCACUCGUCCUCCGAGGAGCUGGCUGAGUCGCAGAAGAUUCUACAAGACAUCGUCUGUCGACGCCUCUACAAGUGUCUAGGCCAAACCAAUCCACAAGAACAUCUGGAGGUUACCCCGGAGGCGAUUAAAUGCUGGGAAAAAGAAUUGGCAGAGUCCACUCCUCAGAGUGUCCAGGGUGUCCCGGUUGUCCAGGAUGUCAAACUGCAGCCAGAAGACUUUAAAGUUGACGUCUUUUCUCUGAACUAUGGGAUGAAGAAGGAGAACCCCAUCAACAAAGUGCGAUUCUAUUGCAAAACUGACCCAACUAAAGCCUUCCAGAUAAGCGAUGACCAGGUGUCAAAAAUGCUUCCAGCGGUGUUUGACGAGCAGGUGAUCCGAGUCUACUGCAAGAAGAGGGAUGUAAAGACUGUGGAGGUCGCCAAGAAGCAUUUUGCUCAGUGGUGCAAAAACAACGGAUUCACAACGCCUACGGACGCAGACAUCACAGCGCCGGUGUUGACCCCUGUGACCCCGACAAUGGAGGCUCCAGUGACAUAGCUGGUGAGAGCCACAUGAAGACUUUAAAAUAAGAGGAGAGCGAACACCCCUCUUACACUUUCAGUAGAUGAAAGUGUUGUCAGCAUAAUAUUGUUACAAGCUACAGAAAUGGAGAAAAAAAGGCUCAGGGACUAUCCUCAGGGUUCUUAAACAAAAUUUACCCCUCGUCAAUAUUAUAAGCACAAUUUAGCUUUUGUUUUCUCGUCGGAUUGAGGGAUUUAUUUUGGACUUGCGUCGGGCUACAAGUGUCGAGUUUUUAAGUUGAAUUGUUUUUACACCCUGUGCUAAGCAGCAGCCUAUCAUGUCUUUGAAUCAUGGGCAAUUAAUCAUGGGCAGCGGAAUGUUUUACUCUCAAACAGUAGAUGAACAACACAGUGUGUUUCAUGUCAGUGUGUUUUACAGCAUACAGCCAGUGUGUUAUUCAACUUUCACAUACGCUUGUUUUUUAAUAUCAAGCUUCAAAAGUUACAAUAUACAAAGAAAAACUGUUUCUGAGCUUUACACUGAGUGUUUGUUUUUACCUGAGGGAUUAUUUGCAGAUUUAAUUUGAUCUUAAUGCAAAUAUAUUUAUACUUGGGAAGGGGGAGGGGCGAGCAUGUUUUGCAAUCCUUUUAUUUAUUGUUCUUGCAGUAAGUUGCACAGCUUGUUGUCUCCACCUCACUAGCAUGUGCAAUAUUCAAAAUGGGAUUUAUGCUGCUUUGUUAGAAAACCUAUAUUUUGAAAGAAUGUGAGGGAAAAUGUUUUAAACGGUUUGUGGUGAUCCUGUGAGAGUUGAAGAAAAGUUUGAAAAUAAAACUCUGUUUUCGCUUGCGUAACGUUCUUUGUUUUGCCGGUAGUCAAAGGACCAAGAUGAACUCCACUGUGGCAUCACUAUGUUCUGCAAAAACACUUUUAUAUUGCACAUUAGGUUCAGGGCUUUAUUACUAUAUGAAAACAUGAAUAGGAAACUUCUAAAGUCUGAAUGUACAUGAUGGAUCCUCCCUUCAUGUUUGUGAAAUCUUAUAGCUUAAAAAUCCAAACAAACAUACUUUGGAAUAUAACAAAUCCUAUUCAAAUAAAUAGAUUAAAUCAG